UUCGCGCAUGCGUGGUUUCGGUGCGAGUCACAGAGGCGCGAUGGCUGCCGACAGUACGGUGCUGCUGUCUCUGGUGGAGGAAUUCGUCUCGGGGCUGCACGACAGCAAGGCCAAAGAUGCGGCAACAUGUGUCAAAGAUGGGCAGUUUACAAUACUGGAGCUGGUGGAAGCACUGGGACUGAGCCUUACCAGCACGCAGCCUCACACCCGAGCCAGAGCGGUCCAGCUCCUCUCUGAAGUUCUACACGAAUGCUAUGGAGGUCUCACAGAGAGAGAAGUGGAGGUGCUCAUCGCCUUCUAUGAGAACCGCCUCAAGGACCAUUAUGUCAUCACACCGCCGGUUCUACAGGGGCUCACAGCGCUGACAAAAUGCACAGUGUUGCCUCCUGGCUCGGCUGUGUCCAUGCUGAGGUCUUUGUUCCAGGAUGUUCAUGUUCAGUCUUUGAUGCUGGGCGAGAGAGCGUGCGUCUACAACAUGCUCAUCAACCUCAUGGCGACCAGAGAAGCCGAACUCAAGGGUUUGGGAGCAGACUUUGUGUUUGGUUUCGUCCAGUCAAUGGACGGAGAGCGAGACCCUCGCAACCUGCUGUUGGCCUUCCAGAUCGCCAGGACCAUCGUGCUCCGAGGUUAUGAUCUCGGUAAAUUCACAGAGGAGCUGUUUGAAGUGACGUCCUGCUACUUCCCCAUCGACUUCAGCCCCCCUCCCAACGACCCCCACGGCAUCACCAGGGAGGAGCUCAUCCAGAUGCUGAGGGACGUCCUCACUGGGACGCCGCGGUUCGCAGAGUUCCUGCUACCGCUCAUCAUUGAAAAACUGGACUCCGAUGUUCUGAGUGCGAAGCUGGACUCGCUGCAGACUCUGAUUGCUGGUGUGUCAAAAUAUGAACAUAAGGACGUGGCGGAAUUCCUCGAGGGACUGUGGGCCUCGCUGCGGAGAGAGGUGUUUCAGACAGCGAGCGAGAAGAUCGAGGCGGCUGGCCUCGCCGCUCUUACCGCACUCACUUCCUGCCUGUCUCGCUCCGUCCUCAACUCUGACUCCGAGGACUCACUCGGCACCUUCCUGCAGCUCGUUCUCACAGACUGCAAACAUCACCUGUGUGAGCCGGACCUGAAGCUGGUGUGGCCCAGCGCCAAGCUGCUCCAGGCCGCCUGCAGCGCCUCCAACAGGGCGAGCCACAUGGUGGCUGACGCCGUGAUGCCCGCGCUCAUCGAGCAGUACAACGGCAGAGCACAGUGCUCCCAGAGACGAACCUUGCUGGAGGUGGUGCAGCAAUUCGCCCAGUCGGUAAAAACCUGCGAGAACGAGGAGAGCGUGUUCUCGGCCUUCCGUCCCUCUCUGUGCGGCAUGGUGUUUUCAGCCCUGACGGAGACCAACGCCAGCCUGCAGAUCACCGCCACCUCCGUCCUCGCCUCACUUGCACAACAGAGCGGUCUGCUGUUGGACUCUGACAUUGAGCUGGCUGUGGAUCACCUGACCCGACUGCUGCUGACAGAGGAGGACGAGCGAGUGAGUCUGGCUGUGGUGGAGUGUGCCGGAGCUUUAGCGGAGUCGCACUCGGCGCCUUUCAUCACCAACCUGAUCCCGAGACUAAAGGAGGAGCUGUUUUCUGAUCCCACGGAUCAAAACGACAACAGAGAGGCUUCUGAGAAGCAUUCCCAUCAUGCAGUGCGCCAGCGCUGUUUGUCAGCUCUGGCCGCCGUGUCCACUCAAGCCGGCGUUGUCCAGGAGAGCACACCUGUCCUCCUGGAGGUCCUCGGCUCAGCGCACACGGGUGGCGUCGCUUUCUCGGUGGAGGAGGUGGUGGCGGCGUGUGGUAGCCUCCGGAGAAUAGCUGAGCGCGUCCAGGACACGGAGGAGACGGGGCGCUGCUUCCACGACGUGGUCAUCCCGCGCCUGCUGUCUCUGGCUCUCCAGGCAGCGCUGCAGGGCGAGGGACCGACGGGUCGGCGCAGUCCUCUCCUGGAGGAGGUGGUCCUGGCCGCCAUGGUCCCCGUUAUCGGGACUUCCUGCUCCAGGCUGCAGCCCACGCUGGCGGGACAGACGGCAGCGAGGGCCGUGUCGCUCUUCCUGGACGGCGACGUCUCCUUUUUGCCCGACAACUCGUUCCCUUCAAACCUCCAGCUGCUCAAGAAGCAGCAGGGGGGCUCGUGGAGCCAGUCUCAGAUGGUCUGCCUGCUCUCAGGAUGUGUGUGUUCGCUGCCUCGCACCGUGGAGGUGCCCCGGCUGGACGAGCUGAUGACGCAGCUGGAGGAGAUGAGCUGCGCCUGCAGCCACCCGCCGUCCUACACCUCGGCUGCAAAGUGCUUCGCCGGCCUGGCUAACAAGAGAGCACCGGGAGAGUCUCUCGACGGCCUAAUUCAGAGGACCACGGAGAGAGUUUGUAGUGAGCUGGACUCUGCGUCUUCCCCCGCGCGCACGCAGGCCUUCACCCUCAUGAUCUGGGUGGCCAAGGCUCUGCUUCUCCGAUACCACCCUCUGUACGCCACACUGACUGACAAGCUCUUCUCCCUGCUCGAUGACGCUGAUCUGGGUCCAGCGGCAGCAGACGCCUUCUGGCUGCUGAUGAGCGACUCUGCCGACGUCCUCAACCGCGGUUGCCAUGCCGACGUUCGCAUCAUGUACCGCCAGCGCUUCUUCAGCGAGAACUCGGCCAAGUUCGUCCGGGGGUUCGACGCCGCGCCGCGAGAAAAGAAGCCCAACUACCUGAAGGCUCUGUCAAACAUUGUCAACAAACUGCCGAAGCAGGUCCAACUCACCGAGCUGCCGGCGCUGCUGUCUCUCCUGCUGGAGGCCUUGUCGUGUCCUGACCACGGCGUCCAGCUGUCCACCCUGUCCUGUCUGGAGCCCGUGCUGGUCGAGCCCCCCCCGGCCCUCAUCCAGCAGCUGGAGGCCUUGGUGGGGAGGCUGCUGGGCCUCACCUCCAGCGCGGUCAUGAGCGUGAGGAUCGCCUCGUUACGGUGCAUCCAUUGCAUCUCCUGCUUCCCCGCGCACGAGGUGCUGCCUUUCCGGGCGCGGGUGCUGCGCGCUCUGUCCCGCCCGCUGGACGACCACAAGCGGCUGGUGAGGAGGGAGGCGGUCCGGGCGCGAGCCGAGUGGUUCCUGUUAGGAAGCCCUGGAGGAAGUUGAGGUUCGCUCCUCGGAACGCGAGCCAAGUCUCGCGUCCUCCCCCAACCUGGAAGAACACGGAUGUGGGGGAAGUCAAACUCCUGGACCAGGUAGCGAGGAUCGAAGCGGCACGUCCUCCCCUCCCCGAACACACUCCCCUAACUAACCAGAGUCCCUUCACCUUCUCUCUUUAUGCUGUUUUUGUUCCGUCUAUACGAACGCACAAAUAGACCCGACUGCGAGCGUUGAAAAGAACGUUUAAGAAGUUACGCCUCGUGUCCGAAUGUGACUUUAAGUGCAUUUCAAAAGGUGUAGGUUUCCUGCCAGAAAAUGUAUAUUUCAUUUUUGCAAGACUUUUGAAAAUCCAAACCAGAGUGAACCAGUAAGAGAGCGUAGCUCGAUAUUUUGAAUGUGUGAACUCCUCGAGGAAAAGACACCGUACACACAAUGGAUGGUGAUGAUGUCAUGAACUGCGGGGGGGGGAACAUUUUCUUACUUUUAUUUCUUUUGAACUAUUUUGGUGGAACCAUUAAAGACCUCAACUCUACUGCAGAUGCAGAUUUAACAGCCAGAUGAGGCACUGAACGGCCUUUAAUGUUCUCAUCCAGAUGAAUGUGUAAUAAUAACAGCUGGGGGUGUUUGAUUCAUUUCACUGUGGUUUGCCAGUGUGUUGCUGUUGGGGGGGGGGGGGGGGGGGUGUGAGAUAUGGGAAAAUGUGCCAAAUGCCCGCUGGCUCACAGCGUGGCCUGAAUCUAUGAGUCACACCUCCACUGAGAUCAUUUUAAGAUUAAUUUUACAGGUCGAUCUAAGGUUGUAAGUUAUGUGAACCAUGUGACAAGUCUUUGCAGUUAGACCUCAUCAACCAAGGAAAUGUAGUAUUUAAAAUGUCAUUAAAACCUUUCUUUGUAAUUAUU